GAAUAUCUCUAAAGUCUAGUUACGUCGCACAUGAAGCGCAGCAGCAGGGCCCGAAAGAAUGCGGUCAUGCCGCGAGUUCGAACGGAGUCCUAAAAAGUUGCUUGUUUUACGAUUUGGUUACGUGCUUUUUAUUUAUAGGAAACGCUAUGAACGCUAAUAAUAAGGUUCGCUAAUCUAAGUCACUGAUUUGACCUAGGAAAGGCAGCCUUAAAACAUGCGUUAGUGACGUUAUAACGCAAUAAAGUGCCUGAACGAUUCUCCGUUUGUAGUUAUAGGGACCUUCGCGCUAUGAGAGGCGUCAGAUGACCCAGGAACCUGCGCACCAAUCGUCCGUGGCAUUUCUCGGUAUCAAUCGAAAAUGUUGAGCUCUACCGCCUUCAUUUUACUUCCGGGCAACCGCAUACAGCAUCGUGCAUUCAGCAAAAGUGCUGUGGUGCACCACCUGCAGAAACAAUCGCGCCUGCGAGUAGUGGACAACAGCGCACUGGGUCGCCAGGCCAUGAUGGAUGGGAAGCCGCCAAAGAUCAUCCAGGUCUACAACAAGACGGGCAUUGCCUCUAUUGGCGACAAGGUGUUGGUGGCAAUCCUGGGCCAAAAGAAGAAGGGCUUUGUUGUGGGCUGCAAGCACAUGAAACAGAGGCCGCUGGUGCCUCGAUAUGACACGAACAACAUGGUGCUGCUCGACGACAACGGCAAUCCUCUGGGCACACGCAUACUGGUGCCUCUGCCAUCCAUGCUACGCGGAGAGAAGCCGCGUUAUUCCAAGAUUCUGGCCCUCUGCUCGCGAUUCGUCUGAAUGGACUCGUUCGUAGCCUCCACCAAAGUGACUGCGUGCCAGUUGUUACCACACCAGAGCGUGGCUUCGUGGGAGGCACAGUCGGGGAAAGUAGCCGCUGUUAAUAAAAUACCUUCUAACGCACAAAAAAAA